AGGGCGUCCAUUUAAAGCUGCGUCCAUUUAAAGCUGCAUCAAGCUCUGAACUCUUAAACCCAUUUCCGUCUCCAUCUCGCAAAGCCCUCUGUGUCGGUGGAUCAGAUCAAGAUCAAGAUCAAAAAUGGGUAUAAUCAGAAGCAGUUUCAUGUUCAUGGUGGGAACCGUCUGUGGAGUGUAUGUCGCUCAGAACUACAACGUUCCCAAUGUCAGGAAACUGGCUAAUACUGGCCUUGUCAUGGCUAAGCACAUCGAGGAGAAUUAUCGCAAGCCCAAAAAGAAUCGAGACGACGACGUUUCCGAUUAGACUUCCGUUCGGGUGUCUUCUUCAUUUUCUAGGGUUUUCUCAAUUUACGACGAUUUCUGAGGAUCUCUUGUAAUUCUCAUUGAAAGUGAUAUUGAGUAAUUGAAAAGGGUGAUUUUGUUUUUCA